AUGACAAUAAAAGAUGUUAUGCAAAUAGAGGGCAACGAAAGUUCUGAGCGUCAAAACUAUGAGUCAUUCUUGCAGAAUAUUGGCCAUGUUACCAAGCACUUCUCACGUACUUUUUCAGAACUCGAAAAUAUUUUAUCAGAAAAGCACGAUAUAACAUUUUUCACGGGUUACAAAACACUUCAAGGCGAUAUUAAACAUCUAGACAAUGUGCCUGAACCACCUACUACUGUUGAGGUCAAAAGUUUUGAUAAACGAAUGUUCUAUAAAGAAAUUGUUGACUACAUACAAUCAAAGGUUGAUGACAGCAUUUGUAAACAUUGUGAUGAGAAGACCAUGACAAUUGGUGAGAUGCAGAAAGAACAAAUGAACCUUGAACAAAAACUAAAUAGAUCUAUAAAGAAAAAAGACGAUGAACUAAAAAUGUUCAAACAGAAGAUCGAAUCGUUGGAAAAAAAAUCUAGAGAUGCAGAGCUCAGAGCUACUCAGGACAUACAGAAGAAAGAUGAGGAGCUAAAUAUAUUAAGACAGGAGAAAGAGAGUUUGAAAAACAGAAAGGCAGAAAUACCUGAAAAAGAAGAGGUUGAUGAGCCUGACCAGGAAACAGAAAUGUGA